GAGCCAGGCCGCGGCGGCGGACGUGCCCGAGACAGGCGGUGGCGCUCCCCCGCCCUGGGGCUGCGCGGCUGCCCCGUCGCCGCCGCAGGAGCGACGCACGCGCCCAGCAGUCUUCCACUACAUGCUCAGCAGCCGGCGCCGCUGCUGCCGCGGGCCGCCUCGCCGCGCCGGCGCUGCCUCGGGGAGCUCGGCCGCCUCGGCCCCCGCGCCAGCGCGGCGGCCGCCCCGGCGGGGGCACAGGGCGCCCUGGGCAGCCACUUCGACAGGCAGCGGGGCGCCAGCGGAUGGUGCCCCAGGAGCCUCGAGGAGGCGGCCGCGGAGGAUGCCGAGGAGGAUAAGCCUGAGAUGUUCGAGGGCGCCGACGCGGCGGACGAGGACGUGGCGACACCCCGGCGGUGGCCCGCGGCGGCAGCGGAGGACUGCGCGGCGCCCUCGUCGACGGGCUCUGCCGGCCACCCGGAACAGUGCGGGCCGCCCUGCAAGUACGUCAGGAAGACCAGGGGUUGCAAGGAGCGGUUGGGCGGCAGGCCUCCACUCGUGCACACCUGCAAGGACAAGCUGGACGCAAAAGUCGAUAUGCUGCCGAUGUACGCCCCUGCGGUCUGCAACGGCCUUCUCGUCGGCAUGCUGCGCAUGACGAUGGGGGACCUCGACAAUGCGAUUGUUGUCGACCAUGGCCACAGGGACUCCAAAGGUGCUCAGCUCACGCUGAUCACCGCGGUGGAGCUGCUCUUCCUGAUUGUGCCGCCCCGCUCCCUGGUGGUGCUGGUGCCCUUCUUCCUGACGGAGCGGGCCAUUGGAAGUACCGGUACAAGUGUCCCCGUCUCCAACCACCCAUCGGCCUCCAUCCUCUUCGGGAGCGUCUAUCACAAGAAGGACCUCCGCUACCAGCUCAUCCACUUCUACUUCUACCUGUGA